UGACUUCAGUUGUUUCGAAGUUCACAAGGAGAAAGGAGCGUCCCUCCACGGACGCGCGUGCUGCUGUACUUUGUCCGGUGCGUGCAGAUGGUUCUCGGGUUUGAUGGCUUCAGGGAAAUUACAUUUCUAAAUUUCAAGCUCAGUUCAGUGAUUCGGGACUUACUAAAUAAGCUUUCAAUGUAAUAUUUGACACGUCUGCUGCAGACCUCUGACUUCCCAACAACCCGAAGAGGUGCCAAAUAAGUGCGGGCGGACAAACAAGCAGUGCGCGUUUUUUCCUCUGUCUCUCUGAGUCAAGUAUUUGGAUUUGACAAAUCAAAAUAUUUAAGCCAUGUUCAUAGCUGAAGAACAGGCAGGUGACCGACGAAUUUAAGAUGACAUAUUUGAUUGUUUUUAUUCUGUCAUUAUCAACGUGUCUGUCUGUGGUGAGUGGAAGACAUCCAACGUGUAAUUUCCUCUUGGAGCUUGAAACAGACCAGGAAGAAUGUCUUGUGAAGCUGAGGGACCAAGAAUCUUCAAAUUACUCCGAAGGAGUGGGAUGCAAAGCGAUCUGGGAUAACAUAGCAUGUUGGGACCGUGCAGAGGUUGGAGAGACUGUCACUAGAGAGUGCCCCAGAGUGCUCAAGAUGUUUUUUGGCAGAAAUGGAAACAUAAACAAGAACUGUACAGCGGACGGAUGGUCUGAUGUUUUCCCCAACAUCAGCAGUGUGUGUGGGGCAGAAGAAAAGCAUGAUAAGCUUGUCUUCUUUACGGUGGUGAAGACGCUGUAUACGCUGGGCCACAGUUUGUCUUUGAUCGCCCUCACAACCGGGAGCGCCAUCCUCUGUCUAUUCAGAAAACUCCACUGCACACGGAACUACAUUCACCUCAACCUGUUCUUUUCCUUCAUCCUGAGAGCGGUGGCAGUCCUUGUGAAGGACGACAUCCUCUUCUCUCGCAAUCAGUGCUCUGAGCAGCCUUCACUGAUUGGAUGCAAGGCGAGCCUGGUGAUUUUUCAAUAUUUUAUCAUGGCCAACUUCUUCUGGUUGCUGGUCGAGGGCCUCUACCUCCAUACACUCCUGAUUGUCAUCUUCUCUGAAAAUAGACACUUCAUCGUUUAUCUUCUCAUUGGCUGGGGAUUCCCAACCGUGUUUGUUUCUGCAUGGGCUAUUACAAGGGUUUAUUUUGAGGAUACUGGAUGCUGGGAACAGAAUGAUAACCCAAUCCCCAAGUGGGUGAUCAAUGUACCCAUAGGCUUCUCCAUCAUGGUGAACUUCCUCCUGUUCAUCAGUAUUAUAAGGAUUUUGGUUCAGAAGCUGAGGUGUCCUGAUGUGGGUGGCAACGACCAGUCACAAUACAGGAGGUUGGCCAAAUCCACUCUCCUGCUGAUCCCCCUGUUUGGCAUCCAUUACGUUGUCUUUGUGUCUCUCAGUGAAUCCAUGGAAAAUUAUAAAAUCUUCUUUGACCUUGCUAUCGGCUCCUUUCAGGGCCUGGUGGUUGCAAUCCUGUACUGUUUCUUAAACAGUGAGGUUCAAGGGGAACUCAAGAGAAAAUGGCGGAGUAUAUGCCUCAACUGCCAUAUGGCCAGAAACUAUACCCAGCACAACACCUACACCUCCAGAAACGGCUCAGAGAACAUGGCUCAGUUCCAACGUAAUUCUCGUGCUCAGUCCUUCCUGCAGACAGAGACCACUGAUGUGUGAGGGCUGCGUGUAAAGAGGGAUCGGUCUCCAUUAAAACACUCUGGUAUUGGCCUAAAUACACACUACAGCACACACAGCCUACAGUUGUGGGCACUAAAAAGUUAGCUUGGACCACGGUAUUGGCAGAACAAUUGGCACAAUGGCACUCUAGGAUCACCUAAUGAGUUUGUCACUAAAACCUGGACCCCGGUACAGGGUUUGAAAUUGUUAUUUUUUUGUGCCCGCAAUUUAUGGCAGAUGGCGUAACAGGGUAUUUUUGAACAGAUAUGAAUAAAUUGGGCUAUACUGCAUUAAUGUCAAUAUUUGUAAUAAUUGGUUAGUUUAAGUAAACAUUUCAUUACUGGAUGCCAGGGAGAAGUGCUCUGCAUGGCUCUUAUAUCUUUAUCUCUCCCCCUCUAUCUCUCUCCCUGUAGUAAAAUGGAUUUGACUCUGUGGUUAACGACCAGAGAUGCCUCUGCCUAUACACCCACGGUUCCACGGCCACUAGGGGGUCCCCAAUCCAAAAACGAAAAAAAACGUAGGAACUCAGUCGGGGUUUCAACUUACUGUUGAGAGUUACAAAGUAGAAUAGACAAGUUGCAAUUUAGAAAUGUGGUCAUGCAUUGCAGUUUGCCACUUGUCAUGUCAGUCACUGACAGUCACUCAAGUUAGCCCAGCUAUGUCAGCUCAAUUCUUUAGAUUGCUGGGAAAGGUAGUCUACCCAGCUAUCUAAACCCUGUAGUAAUCAUCACCAAGUUACAGACUGGGCACGGAGUGUGCCGAAGGGCCCUGUCCUCCAGCC